AUUGGAUGUUUGACUGCACUUGAACUUUCACCUUCUCCAGCUCCUUCCUUUUUCAGGGGGCUCUGAACCUAACCCCCAUAUCUGUAACACCGCGUAGAACCCCUCUCCCCCCUCUGGGGCUCUCCCUGGACCUUCCCAUCUCUCUCUGCUGCUUGAGGACAGAGACAGCCCCACCAGGAGAGGGGUUGUUAGGUAGGAAGACACCCCCCUCCCAAAGGUGAGAGGGGGGGGAAGAUGGCAGCUCUCGCCAGCUCUCUCAUCAGACAGAAACGGGCGGUCAAGGACGACGGACAAAACCGACCUGUAGCCAACAAAAGGAAGCCCUGUCCUAAGAGCAACAAGUCUCUGUGCCAGAAACAGAUCUUAGUCCUUAUCUCUAAAGUACGGCUAUGUGGGGGUCGAAAAGGUCGAAACGAAAAGAGACCGGAGCCCCAGUUGAAAGGCAUCGUUACCAGGCUGUACAGUCAGCACGGAUACUACCUGCAGAUGCAGCCGGAUGGCACCAUGGAUGGCACAAGGGACGAAGGCAGCUCCUUCUCACAGUUCAACUUGAUUCCUGUGGGUCUGAGGAUCGUGGCGAUCCAGGGGGCGAAGACAGGGCUCUACCUGGGCAUGAACAGUGAUGGGUACCUCUACACCUCUGAACACUUCACUCCAGAGUGUAAGUUCAAGGAGAGUGUGUUUGAGAACUACUACGUGACGUACUCCUCCAUGCUCUACCGCCAGAACCAGUCGGGCCGCUCCUGGUAUAUCGGUAUCAACCGCGACGGACAGGUUAUGAAGGGCAACCGGGUGAAGAAGACCAAGGGAGCCGCACACUUCCUGCCUAAAGUUAUUGAAGUUGCCAUGUACAAGGAGCCAUCGCUACACGAACUAGUCAAUGAACCGAAGGAAAAAGAGAAGGAAAGAGAUAAAGAGAGCCCUGCUCGGAAGACAGUGAAGACGUCAGAAGAACGUCAUGAAAUAACAUUCUCCAUCAAGAACUGCAGGAAAGAGAAAAAAGCUCCCAAGGCUGACGCCUCGUAGCACA